UUCACCAGGUAACAAGCCUGGCCCUCUACAUGCAUGAUCACCGCCUCGUUCUUUCUCGCUCUCGCUCACCUCUCUCCCCCUCUCUCCUGAGAUAGGACUGCGACCAGGGCUAGAGCCUGGAAAUCCGCCUGCGCCCACUGCCCCUCGACCCCCACCUUUGCCACUUCUGCUGGCAUCCAGUCUCUGAGGGAGGUACAAUCUCGCAGCACCACCUCUGGCCAGGUCCUGCCUUCUCCCAACCCACUCCAGACUCCAGGAUGCUGUGUUUCCUGAAAGGGAUGGCCUUUGUCCCUUUCUUCCUGGUCAUAUGGUCCUCUUCCGCCUUCAUCAUUUCAUACUUGAUUGCCGUGUUCUUCGGCCAUGUCAACCCCUUCCUUCCAUACAUCAGUGACACAGGAACGGUCCCUCCUGAGAGUGGCAUCUUUGGAUUCAUGUUCAACUUCUCUGCAUGUCUUGGUGCAGCCACCAUAUACAUGAAAUACAAAAUGGUGGAGAAGCAAAACCAAACCUGCUAUUUCAGCAAUCCAUUUGCUAACCUGGUGGCCUUAGUUGUUGGAUUAGUGGCCUGUUUCGGAAUGGGCAUUGUGGCCAGUUUUCAGGAGUUGUCUCUUCCCGUGAUCCAUGAUGGAGGUAAGCUGUUGGUUUUUGUCUGUGGUGUCAUGUACAUACUCCUUCAGUCUAUCAUCUCUUACAAGUCGUGCCCUCAGUGGAGCAAAAUUUCAAUCUGCCACAUAAGGAUGGCCAUCUCCACUGUGUCAUGUAUAGCUGUUAUUCCUAUGAUUGCCUGUGCCUCCCUAAUUUCCAUAACAAAGCUGCAAUGGAAUCCAGAGGAAAUGGAUUAUACCUAUCAUGUAGUCAGUGCCAUCUCUGAAUGGACAGUGGCUUGCAGUUUCAUUUCCUUCUUCCUGACUUUCAUUCAAGAUUUUCAGAAUGUCACUUUGAAGAUAAUCACUGAAAUAAAUGAGUGCUGAAAAAAUAAGCCUUCUUCUAGUCAGCACAACUUGUGGAUUGGAAAACCAACCAGUACCAAGAAGCUGGCCUUCAGUGGUGACCUAGAGGCCCAGAGGAAGCCUACGGCUUGUAAUUCUCCCGCCCUCCAAUCUCUGUAUUUGUACUGAUCUCAAAGAUAUGUUUCCAAAAAGCUUUAGGAAUUAUAGAGAUCUACAUACUUUACUGAGAAGGCACUUUAAAAUAAAUAAACUAACGAAGUUAAU